GGUCAUUUUGCGUCAGCGUCACAUGCAUUGAAAACAAAUCGCAGAAAAACAAAAGUCAAAAGGUGUUUUAAAUAACCGAACAAGGACCAGAACAGAACGAGCCAAGGACCAAAUUCUUCGAAGUCGGACACGCCAGCAUCAUCGCAGACUACGGAGCAGAGCGUGGGCAAAAGACGAGAGCUAGAAGUUGAAGUUCCGUCAUGAUGCGCGGCAACGAAGCGGAGCAUCUUGGGCAAGAGGAACUGCACGAGCACGACGAAGAAGCGAACGGAAAUAAGUGCGCAGCGUCUACUAGCACUGCAGCAGCGGUGGAACAGGAACUGAACCACUGGAACCAGUUUUCGUCGACUCCACAGUUGGAUAAUAUUGUAAUUCCGUAGUGCAAAAAUUUGAAUUUUUUCUUUUUUUUUUAUCGCUGGAUGUUUUGAUUGAGCAAGAAAUGUUCUACUUCAGUGCGCAGCGCUCCAUUGGAAAAAUAAAGACGAAAAUGCUGGUCAUUUUACAUUCGUUCUUCUGAUCUUUGAAUACAUAAAACUAUGUUGCAUAAUCUUCAGGGUCUCGACAUGGCCGGCGCAACCACGAGUGCAGCUGCGCCUGCGAUAAUUCCUGACCAGGGUGCAGUUCCAGGCGUUGGGACUGCAACGGCCGAUGAAGCAAUUACCCUUGAUGUUGUUCAUCCAGGAGUGAUGAAUAGCCCGACCGCGGUUGCGAGCGAGGACGUGGCCCGCCAGGGUAGCAAUGAUGUCAUCUUCACCGGCACCGCAAACGAAGACGAAAGUACGGGAGGCGGCGCGGAAAAUAAGCGAGUAGAUGAAAGAACAAUAGUGGUCGGCGACCAUGACCAAGUGGACCAGUAUAAUCAUGCCGGUGGUGCGACCACGUCGUGUACUACGUCCUCACCUACGACACUAUCAAAAGAGCUCGAAGCGCCCAGCACUGUCGCGGAUCAGUUGAGUACCAUCGUGACCGCCGCUGCCGAUCUGGACACCACGUCAACCACCGGAAAGGAGUCAUGGCAAAAGCGGUCCACGGAAAAAGGGGAGCCCUCCAGCCGCAGCAGUCCGCGGGGCAGCGUGAGUGACGGAAAUUGCAGUGAGGAGCCGCAUAAUUCAUCAUCAAACCGCGGCGUUUAUUCAUCUUCCGGGUGCAUGAACAACAUCACCAGUGGGAAUACGAAUACUUGCAACAGUGGUCCCCCAACUACUAGCGGGGCCGGAGGGGCGUCAACGUCUGGGUCCGGUUCCGUUGUCGUUGGUUCCUCCGUUCUGGCCGGGAAAAAGGGAGCUUCGAAAGGCUCUAAUGUGAAUAACCACUACAGAAAAGACUACACCAAAAUGAACAACAGCCCGUGCGGUGUUGGCGGGCCAAGCAAUCAGCAGAUGAGUAACCGAGUAGACCACGCGAUGAAGAAUCAGAAUGGGAAUGGCUACAGGAACAGCACGACGAAUAAAUCUGCUGGCAACUACGCCACCAGCUUCAAUACUGGCGGCAAGGGCGGUGGUGGUGCUGGUGGGGGCCAGAAUGCUCCUGUCGUGAGGAAAGACUACACGGCCUUGGCAAUGCAGAAUGAAAAUCAAAGUCACCAGCAACAUCACAAUAACUACAAAAAUCACUACUACAAAAACAACAAUGCCUACGGGAACGGAGGUGGGGGCGGUGCGAGGAUGAAUCAGAAAAACAACGAGAGUGCGGGUCCUCUUCAUGGCGGCUACAAUAACCAGCAUCAAAACAGGGCCGGAUCACACACCAACUAUGGAAAAAACAAUAACAAUCAAAACCAGCACGCGAAAACCUACAACAAGAAUUUUUCUAGCGGAACUUCGUCGCAACAAGAUAGCCAGAAUGAGGGAGGCAAUAGCACUCAUCGGAUGAAUAACAAUCAUCGUAAUGCUGCUGGUGGAGGAGCUGGAGCCUCAGUCCACAACACGUCGGCCACCGGCGGUGGUGCGCAGAUGCACGGUGCAGCUGGAAAUGGUACCAGAAACUCGGCCGCUGCGGCUGCCGCUGGCGGUGGAGGUGAGCGCGAACAGACCUCCAACCAGAAUCCAAACGGAAACUACUUCAACCAACAUUCUAAAUAUCAGCACCACAAUCGGAUGAAUCAGCAGAGUGGUGGCCAGCAGAGGAACAAUGCGAAUACGAACGGCGCGGGGCAGCAGCAGCAGCCACACGGCGGAUCAUACAACAAGCACCAGCAUUCAUCAACCCACAACAAGUCCUCUGCGUAUAAUUCUGGUGCCGCUCCUUCAGGUUCUUCUUGGAACAACGCGGCCGGGGGAAAUAACAGUACUACCAGCUAUUCAGCGCACCACCAUUCAAAUGCUUCGCACUCCGCCAGCAACGGGACGUCGACAUCUAAUGCCGCUGCGCCUGGCUUUUCCUCCUCCAAUGCGGCCAAUAAGAACAACUCCGACAAAAAUUUUGUUGGAGGUGGAAGCCACAACAAUAAUUACAGCAAUAAGGAGAACAGCAUGACCAGCGCAGCAUCGUACAAUUCGCAAAUGAAUACUGGCCACCAGCAGCCGAACCAACAUGACACCAGCGCAGCUUCAGGAGCUACUACAACUUCUGGGCAACAAGUAGACCAGAAGCACACGACCACCUCCGGCCAGCAGCAGCAAGUGCACAGCACGUCUUUGAUGGAUGGCCGGUCGAUGAAUUACCAUGUGCAGCUGGAAAAAGCAGUCCGGGGAAAGAAAGUGGAGGAGGCCUGGGCCAUUUUGGAGGAGAUGCAGCGGGAUUUUGUGGUCUGCGACAAGUACGCGAUAUCCAGGAUCUAUCCAGGAAAAAAACCCAUUCCCAUCCAAUUUGUCAUGCAAAACAUGCAUAAUUUCCUAUGUUUGUCAUGCAAAAAAUGGAUGGGGAUGGGUGUUUUUUCCUGGAUAGGAUCCUGAUGAAGACAGUAAACCACUACCACGACUUGAAUCUAUUGAAAAGAGGAAUUGCCGUGGUGGAAACCUUUGUACACCAGCAGCCGCAGGUAUAAUUCGUUUUUUUUGUUUGGAAUUGGGAAAUUUGCAUUGCCUAUUUGCUUUGGUUCAUGGCGUCACGUUUCUGGAACAAAAAAGCAAAACAUCACCAGACAAAACGCAAGAGCCCCCUAGAAUGAAUGCUAUUCAAAUUCACGACGCUACGCCCCAGGACGUCGACGAAGUCCUUUUCAACUCGCUCCUGGACGCGUGCUGUCGCACCCGCGACAUGGCACGCCUAGAGUCCAUCCUGAACCAAAUGCGGAAAAACGGCAUCCAGCCGAGUUCCGUAACUCUAGGAAUCUUGGUGAAGGCCUACGGCCAGGCGGGGGAUAUCCAGGCGGUGUGGCGUGAGUGGCUCCGCCUGAAGGACAACCUACACGAGAACGCAAACGCGGUCACGUUUGGCUGCAUGUUGGACGCGUGCGUGAAGUGUGGUAAUUUUUUCUAAAAUUUGGGUUUUCGUGUUCUUCCGUUGAUGGUUUUUUCAUCUCGGUAGAUGAAGUGGAAAGCAAGCGCAACUACAGCAACAGGUGCAGACUUGUAUUUUGACGGAGCCGAGAGUAAUGUCGAGGUAGAUGUAGUACCAGCCUGUUUAUACUGUUUUGCAUAAGUCGUGCCGUUUUUGUACCAAAGGACAGCAUGAACACCCUCAGGCGACAUCGAGAAGGCACUGUUCGUGUUCCAAGACAUCAAGCGAAUCGGCAAGCACCACAACACCAUCCUGUACACCACCCUGAUGAAGGGCUUUGGCAUGGCCCGGAACUUGGACGGGGCGUUGAACUUGUUUCGGGAAAUGCGCGCCGAGGGGGUGCCCGUCAACACGAUCACGUUCAACUCGAUGAUUGACGUGGCGGUGCGGGCGCACGACUGCGAACGGGCAGAGGAACUGUAAUAGAAAUUGAAAUUCUUGAUUUGGUCUGUGCCAGCUUUCAAUAUGAUGUUGAUGAUAGAUAAACAUGACGAUGACGGCGCUCAACAGAACAGCAUCUAUGCAUCCUACAAGUCAAAUAGUUCAACACAGUACGGUGCCCGUAGUUCUUCUUCUCGUUGGUAACUCGCAUGUUGGACUAGUUGGUGUGGCGAAGCCGAACGAACGGAGCGCAGCUGAGAUUGAAUCAGUGAGUUUGAGUUUGAGUUUUAAUUGAGCCUCCACUCACUUACACUCCGACUUCAAACGUUAGUGCUUUACUAUCAGGUACCGCGAACUGGAAGAGACGAGCGGCAUCGAGGCCGACCUGAUUACCUACAGCACGCUGAUCAAGGGGUUCUGCCAGGUGGGCAACUUGCAGAAGGCGCUUUUUUACAUGGAGACCCUGAAGUACAAAAACCUGCAACCUGAUGAGUUGGUGUUCAAUUCCCUCUAUCAAAUGCAAAAGUGUCUGGGUCUGGAAGAUUCUGAACCUGUGACGCUGUCUCUGGAUUCUAAAAAAGUUUGAUUGCAUGACCGGCAACAGAACUCCAGUUUGUGCUAGCCGGAGAGGGCAUUUCUCAUUCGGUAGAGGCAUCACAAAGGCCCCCUCUAAAAAUCUGUCAUGCUAGAGCAUGCAUCACAGACAUCAUGAGUCUUCCAAAAUAUGUACGACAAACCUGGCAAGCUUCCAGACCCAGACAUUUUUACAUUUGAUACCCUCCUGGACGGGUGCGUGAAGUCCAACGAUCUGCAAACCGGGCUACACCUCUUCGAGGAACUGGCCAAGGAACUGCAGAAAACCUCGCAUGUCACGUACCAGAUUUUGCUCCGCUUGUAUCGGAGGAGUGGGUACAGCGAUUCGGAGACAGAGAUGGCGAUUCAGCAAUUGUACUACAGUUGCAAUGUGAUGCUGCCGAACACCGCAGGAGGCGGAGCGGGCAAUAUUAACCAUCAUGGGAACAACCACCUUCACAACAAUUCGUCUUCUAACGGGGCGAAUGGUGGUAACAGCGGAGGGUCUUACAACAACUCGAUGAUGCACAUGCAGGGUAGCAGCUACUCCAUGGGAACAAACAAUCAGCAGCAGCUGCACCAGACUUCUCGCAACGGAAACAACAACGGUUCAUCUGCCACCUACGGGCCGCACAGCAACAACCACAUUGGAAGUAGUAGUGGAGGACAUUAUCACAGCAAUAACUACAGCAGCAGUUUUUAUCAAAACAACCAGGGCUCCAGUGUUUCCAACUUUCAGAUUCAAGGGCCGCGGAACAACGAGAAUUGUAUUCGGAAUCACUUUCAGCAGGGGUGCGCAGCGACCACGAGCAGUAUGAUGCGGAGACAGGAGCAGCAGUCGCGGAAUAAGUACAUUAUUCCGUUGUAUCAUUUUUUGAUUUCAAAUUCCGUAUCUGAUUAGGUGAUUUCAAUUGUAACACGCACUUCAUGCACAAGCUGCUUGUACUGGUAGAUGAAUCGAAGAUUUUUAUGAGCACCUGAAGAAUCAAUUUAGUCCCUCCAUCAACUUACUCGUCCAGCCGCCGUCGCGGCGAGAACUUUGGGCGGGACAAUCGGGGUGCUGCUCCUCUGGGCGCCGGUGCUGGGUUUCUUGGGCAACAGGGAGGCGGGGGGCUGGGUCGCAGUUCUGGCUUUGUCCCCCCUCCUGCUGCUGGACCGAGCGGCAGCAUGGGUAAUGCAACAAACGGCGGGCAAUUCGGCGGCGCCUCGAAACAUAUUGAUGGAAGUAACUGUGAACAGGGAGCAGCUGCUGCGACUAUACCUACCGGAGGUUCGUCGUAUGGGAACACUGGUGUUGGAGCAUCGAACAAUAUAAAUUCGUACAACAAUGGCACUAAUAAUACCGCGCCAGAUCAUGGAGGUGCUGGCCCGCAACAACAGCACAGCCUGGGCUCCUGCAACAAUCUUCCACAGCAGCACACUGCAAACCAACAUGGAGGAGCUGCGCUCUCGCAGCAGCAGGAUUAUUUUCAGGGGUCCUUCUACAACGCCGGCGUGAAUAGCACUUUAGACCAACACGCCGCUUACCAGAACCCAAAUAACUACAGCAGCGGCCUCUUAUCGACCGGCGGUACCACACCGGUGCACGCGCACCAUCAAAUUGCGGGCGGUGCCCAACAAAAUGCCAACUUCAAUCCAUUACAGCAAGAGCACGCAUUUCAGCACGCUACAACUUCUAUGAAUAACAACCACGACAUGGGUAGAGGAACAACAUCAAAUGGGUUCAGUUACAAUCUGACUGCUGGUGCUAUCAGUGGCCAACAAGGACAUCAGCAUCCCCAGCACCAGCAGAAUCCGCUGCAGUUUGACAGCCAGCAGACGCAUCAAAGUGGAGGGCAUAGCCAUAGCUUUCAAGCGCAGCUGCAGCAAUUGGGCGGCUGCACUCCAGCGAGUGGCGUUAUGAACAAUCAGCACGGUGGUGCACUAGUUCCUGGAGUAGGACAGCACCAACAGCAGCAGCUUCACGACCAACAGUUCCAAUACCACGAUUUCCAUCAAAACAGCACUGGAACAUCAUUUUUCAACAACCCUGCAGCAGCCGGAAAUAACCUGUACGGAGGUGGUGCGGGUGGAGGUGGUACUUCUGCUCACCAUCAAGGCCACCAGCCACAACUGCACAACUACGGCACGACCGGCGCUACUGCAAAUAAUAUUAAUGCGAACGCCUGCGCAACUAGCUACAACGAAAGCACAGUAUCUUCCUCCUGUGGGGGCAAUGGAGGAGGUAACAAAAGUACGAGUGCCACGUUCAACCAGUCUUUUGAGUCGAAGUCCACUGCCGCAACGAAUCAGUCACCGCAGGAGUCCAUUGGGACCAUGAACCACGAUGCAAUCCAUGAGCGGAUGUGCGGAGGAGCAGCCUCUGGAGCGGGCGCAGCUGGUGCGGGGGGAACGGCGGCGCUGUUGGAGCAGUUUCAUGCUUCGUUGGUAAACGUUUUUUUACUGUAGUUCUUUCAGGUUCGUGACUUUUUGAGGGACCAACGUCGAUCGGGAUGAAAAGGGCUUGCUGGUGGCGAACGUGUCUGGAAAAUCAAUAGUUCCCAGUCGAACCACAGCGAUGGUCAAGAAAAUCUAUUGAUUUCGAAACCGUACAAAUUGAGGAGAAAAACUACAGACCGCCGCGAGCCAAGGAUUACCCGGGAGACUACCCUCGAAAAUGCCGGAUGCAGGCCUGUCCGCGGGAGGUGGUGCAGCAGCUACCAAUGGAACGAACAAUGCAGCUGGAUCCUAUUUUGCAGCGACAAAUAACACGACAGGGGGUUACAGCAACUUCGGGGUGACUGAGUAAAAGUUUUGAAAACGAAAAAUCGUGUUUUGUUGAAGAAAAAGAGAUAAUACCAUGUACUGAAGAGUCUCGUCGUUCAAUACCCUAGUGGAAAGAAAAGCUUGGAACUGCUCCAAAUGGUGCCAAUCCACUUCUACUGAAAUGCUUGUUGCUCAAUAGAAGCCAGCCUCUAGUAUCAGCUACUCUUAGAUUACUGCUUCUAGACAAAUAACACGACAGGUGCAAUUCGUAAUCGUAUGCAAAAGAGAGCAACAUACCCAUAUUUCCAGUGCGAUGAGCAUGCUGACUCACGACUCAGGCUCCUCUAGCGGCCCUACAGAAUCUCAUAUGACGCAUUAUUUUAGCGCCAAGUAUGCCUAUGCCGCUCCUACGUAGCAGAAGUUGAGUUUUUAUCAUCCGCUCUACUCUGCUUCCAAGAAGUUGAAGUAAAGCUACCGGGGUACUACCUAAAAAAAUUGUUGAUGGCUCUCCUGUGUAAGUAUUUAUUCAAACGUCUUUUUAUGGUUUGUUUCUCUAUUUCCAGCUAUGUUUUUGUGUAUAAAGAUAAACAACUACAGCAACAAAUGACACAAUCUUCAUGGUACUCUGCCACGAUAAUUUCCUAGUGUUGAUGAUGUAGCGUGUUUAACCGCCGUAGAAAUUCGAUGAUAGGAAAUAUGUCUUUAUUCUGAAGUUCAACAUGCAGAAUCUAUAAAAUGCACUUCUUUAAUGUUUCAAGAACUCAAAUGGAAAAAAGAUGCAAAUGCACUUCAAAAUUUUACAUGUUUCUCCUCAUGGCCUAUUCACAACAUAAAACACAUUCGCAGCACGAUUCCAUCGCUGGAAUUCUCCAUCUGUGGACGCCGG